CCCGCUGCCGAGGCGUAGGGGCGGCGGUGGCAUCGCGGUGGCGCGGGGCUGGGCUGGGCGCGGCGGCCGCCUCACGCAGUCGCAGGGAAGAGAGCGGCCGGGAGCGCCGGCGGAGCCGGGGUGCGCUCGCCGCGGAGGGCCGGCGGAUUCCUGCUCCGCGGGAGGGCUCCGCCGAGCGCGCCGCCUUCCAGCCGCAGUGACAUCCCCGCCGCUCCGCUUGAUCGCCGGCUGCCCGCCGCUCCCCGCAGCGCUCCGCGAGCCGCCGGAGGAGGGUCAGCCCCGAAGUUGCGGCCAGUCCGGGUGAAAAGUAGCGGCGAGGCGGAACGGGCCGCGGCCGAGCCGAGAGGGGAACGGUGCAGCGCCUCGCCACCCCCUGUGCGGUGGCUGGCUCGGCGCCUCGGACCCCGCCCGCACGGACAGCGCCGCGGAAAGAACCAACAUGCAAAAAGGAAGGAAAACCAAAACUGCUCUUUUGGCAGAAAAGCAUUGGCUUUCAGCUCCUUUCAUAUGUUUUUGUUUUGCUUCGUAAUGGGAGGAGCAGGAUUCUUUGAAUCAUUGAGUCAAAAUUUGGGCAGCAUUGGCUGAAGAUGAGAUGAAAGAAGACUUGAAUAUAUGUCGAUACUCCCUGACUGUUAAUUCAGACAAACUUUUUACUAACGGAGGGGAAUAGUGGUUAAAAGCACCAUGGACUCAUUUAAAGGAGCUGAUGAAUGAUUUCUGCCCUUUUUUUUUUUUUUCUUUUUUCUUUUUUUUUUUUUUCUCACUCUCCCACGAGUCCUAAGAAAAAGAUAAAGAAUGUGUAUACAAACUGAGAUAAGGGGAGGGCUGAAGAAAGUAGCUUCCAUUUUUGAAUCUUUUUCAAGUGCUGUAAAUUCCUUAAAUAAUUAAAUUCACCACAUUGUUUUGAAUAAAUUAUAUAUAUUUUUUGUGAUCAGUGUUUUUUUUUGUUUUGUUUUGUUUUGCUUUUGUUUUUGUAUUUUUUUUCUGUUUUAUUUUUUUGGUCAGUUCUAGAAGUGGAAUUUGACCUGAUUGAAAACUUUAACACAGAAAACAUGUGGCUCUGAUUCCUGUUUUCAAACGGAGGUUUUCAAGUUACCAAGAGAUAGCAUUCCAGUUUCUUCUUGUGUCUUGUCAUCCUGUGUUUGUAUGCAUAUCUUGGAGAUUUUACUUUUUCCCUGGUUUUAGUAUACAUGCUGUGGUGUUGUAUUUGAGAAAAGUGUGAACAGAAGGCACCUGAGAUUUAAUUUCUUGGCAGAUUUGUUGACUUUUUAUUCCAGUGUCAUAGUUCACAUUACAAGUAAUCUGAGUAACUGUUAGAAUGUGCAGUAAAACUAAGUCUUCUGUCUUAAGAAAAAAAAAAAAAAGCCUUAAGAUGUUCAUGUUUAUACUGACUGGAUCAAAGCUUGAUAUCUGAAUGUUAUGUUUUGUUAGGAAAUGCAUGCCGGGGGAAGAGGAGCUGCUUAAUGGAUCAUGGCUCUGAUGCUUACAGGGCAUACCUUAUUUCUAGCAUUAAUGAUGUUUGCUGUCUUCACUUUUGAAGAAUCUGUAAGCAAUUACUCUGAUUGGGUGACUUUUAUGGAAAAUAUAGAUCAAUAUGAGAAAGAGAAACUUGGUAGUCUUGGUGCUGAGCAGAAGCUGAAAAAAGCAGUUCUUCAUCCAAGCUUGUAUUUCGAUGCUGAAGAUGUCCAUGUGUUGAGGCAGAAAGCUCACACAAGCCAUUCACAUAUAUUCAGAACCAUCAGGAGUGCAGUGAUGGUUAUGUUAUCCAACCCAUUGUACUACCUACCUCCACCCAAACAUGUUGAUUUUGCUGCAAAGUGGAAUGAGGUUUAUGGUAACAAUCUGCCACCUCUAGCAUUUUAUUGUUUGCUUUGCCCUGAAGAUAAAGCUGCAUUGGAUUUUACUGUGGAGUAUAUGGACAGAAUGGCUGCUUACAAGAACUGGUUGGUUGAGAGCGCGCCUGGUGAUGAAGUCCCACUUGGCCACUCCCUAACAGGAUUUGCCACUGCUUAUGACUUCCUCUAUAAUUCACUGGAAAAUGUGAGAAGACAAAAAUACCUGGAGAAGAUACGGUCUGCAAGCAAGGAAAUGUUUGAGUACUCAAAGGUUCGUUCCUGGGGAAAGCAGCUUCUUCACAAUCACCAAGCAACCAACAUGCUCGCUUUGCUUACUGGAGCUUUAGUGACUGGUGUGGACAAUGGAUCUCAGGCAAAUAUUUGGAAACACACUGUUGUUGAUGUGAUGGAGAAAACAAUGUUUCUGCUCAGUCAUAUUGUAGAUGGGUCUCUGGACGAGGGAGUAGCUUAUGGGAGUUACACUGCUAAGUCAAUAACACAGUAUGUUUUCCUGGCACAGCGACACUUUGGUAUUAACAACUUGGAAAAUAAUUGGCUCAAAAUGCACUUUUGGUUUUAUUAUGCCACCCUAUUACCAGGCUUUCAAAGGACUGUGGGUGUAGCAGAUUCUAAUUACAAUUGGUUUUAUGGUCCUGAGAGCCAGCUGGUUUUCUUGGAUAAAUUUGUCCUGAAGAAUGGAGCUGGCAACUGGCUGGCACAGCAAAUUAGAAAACACAGACCCAAAGAUGGACCAAUGGUGCCAUCCACUGCACAGCGGUGGAGCACUCUGCACACCGAGUUUAUAUGGUACUCUGCUGAAAUCACUCCUCAACCACCUCCUGACUACGGCACUGCUAAAAUGCACGUGUUUCCUAACUGGGGAGUUGUUACUUAUGGGGCUGGAUUGCCAAGCAGUCAGACAAACACGUUUGUGUCCUUCAAGUCUGGAAAACUUGGUGGACGAGCUGUUUAUGAUAUCGUCCACUUUCAACCAUAUGCCUGGAUUGAUGGAUGGAGAAGUUUUAAUCCUGGACAUGAGCAUCCUGAUCAGAACUCUUUCACUUUUGCUCCCAAUGGGCAGGUGUUUGUAUCUGAGGCUCUCUAUGGACCUAAACUCAGCCACCUGAACAAUGUCUUGGUGUUUGCCCCAUCUCCUACGAGCCAGUGCAAUCAGCCUUGGGAGGGACAGCUUGGUGAAUGUGCCCAGUGGCUGAAGUGGAUUGGUCAUGAGGUUGGAGACUCAACCGGGGAAAUUAUAACAGCCUCCCAGUCUGGGGACAUGAUGUUUGUGAGUGGGGAGGCAGUGUCUGCUUAUACAUCAGCAAUGAAAUUGAAAAGUGUGUAUCGCAUUUUGCUGCUUUUAAAUUCUCAGACCUUGUUAGUAGUAGACCACAUCGAAAAGGAGGCAGACUCUCCUGUUAAUUCAGUCAGUGCCUUUUUUCAUAAUCUUGACAUUGAUUUUAAAUAUAUACCUUAUAAAUUUAAGAACAACUACAAUGGAGCUAUGAUGGAUGUGUGGGAUGCCCACUACAAGAUGUUUUGGUUUGAUCAUCAUGGGAGUAGUCCUGUUGCUAGGAUACAAGAGGCAGAACAAGCUGCUGAAUUCAAAAAGCGAUGGACUCAGUUUGUAAAUGUUACCUUUCCGAUGAAAAGCACUCUUACAAGGAUUGUUUACCUUUUCUAUGGCCCAUAUGUCAAUGUUUCUAACUGCAGACUCAUUGAUAAUGUAAAGUCUGGAUUUCAGAUAUCACUUAGUGUCAACAGCACCGAAAAUACUGUUUCUGUUGUGACUGAUCAUCAGAAUUUAAAGGCCAGGUUUGAUUACUUGGGAUUUGGUGGUUUUGCCAAAGUUGUUCAUGAAAACAAAGUGACUAAGUUUGGUCUAGGUACUGAAUCUGUGGAAAAAUUGAUUAAAAAUAAUAGGGCAGUUUUGCCAUUUGGAUUCAAAGUGAACAUAAUUGCAGGGUUAAUUUUAGGUGUUAGUUUAGUCAUACUGGCCUUUCAGUGGCGGUUUUACAUAUCCUUCGGUAAAAUGUUGCGUUGGAUCCUGAUACUGGUUAUUGCACUGUGGCUUAUUGAACUGGUUGAUGUAUGGAGCAUGUGUACUCAGCCAAUCUGUGCAAAAUGGAGCAGUGACUUGACAAGGCUAGAACACGAUGAAGGCAAUAAAGCCAAACAAUUAGAAGGGACUCCCAUUGUUUUUCCAGAUGUUAUAAUUACUUCACUUCCCGCUUCUGGUGCAGAAAUUUUAAAACAGCUGUUCUUUAACAGCAGUGACUUCCUAUAUAUGAGGAUACCUACAGCCUAUCUAGAAAUUCCUGAGAGCGAAUUUGAAAUUGAUUCUUUUGUAGAUCCGUGUGAAUGGAAGGCUUCUGAUGUUCAGAAUGGGCAUUUCCAUCUUCUCAAGGGAUGGCUCCAGUCUCUAGUUCGAGACACAAAAUUACAUUUACAAAACAUUCAGUUAUACGAAGCCAGCAGAAGUAAAAUUACUCAGCAUUCUGCCAUAAGCAAGGACAAAAAGAAAAGAUCCAAAAAGAGAGAAUCUCUGUCAGAGCAAAGAAGUAGGGCAAGAGCGAGUCAAGAUAAAGAUGCUGAAUAUAUUAGGGAAUUGAGGAGACACCUUGUUUAUUAUCCUAAUGCACGACCUGUGCUUAGUUUAAGUAGUGGGAGCUGGACGUUAAAGCUUCCCUUCUUUCAGGAAAUCCUAGGACCAUCAAUGAGAGCAUUAUAUGUAGUAAGAGACCCACGGGCAUGGAUAUAUUCAAUGCUGUACAAAAAUAAGCCAAGCCUUUACUCUUUGAAAAAGGUACCACAGAGCUUAGCUGCGAUGUUUAAAUGGGAAAAUGGUAAAGGAAAAUGUAGUAUCAAUGAAGGCUAUGCCUUUGAAUACGAAUCAUUAAGAAAAGAAUUUGCAAACUCUAAUUCAAAUGCUGUUUCUGUGUUGUCCCAUUUAUGGCUAGCAAACACAGCAGCAGCACUGAGAAUAAAUGGAGACUUGCUGCCAACAAAUUAUCUGAUGGUCAAGUUUGAAGAUAUUGUGAGCUUUCCUCAGAAGACAGCUGAAACAAUUUUUGCCUUUCUUGGUAUUCCUCUUCCUCCUGCUAGCUUAAACCAAAUAUUAUUUGCCACUUCCACCAGUCUUUUCUAUCUUCCCUAUGAGGGGGAAAUUUCACCAAGUAGCAUUCAUGCCUGGAAGAGAAACAUGCCCAAGAAAGAAAUUAAAAUGAUUGAAGAUACCUGUUUUUCUCUAAUGGAACACUUAGGAUACCCAAAGUUUGUAGAAUAAAUGCUGCUGGUCAGCAGAAAUUUGCACUAGUCAUCUCUGACUCCCAAUUUGUGGAUAAAUAUUAGAGAAGUUUGUUUAUUCUUGUAAAAUGUGUACAGUCUGCUACUUUCAGAGAAAUUAUUUUAAGAAAAAUAUAGUUGUUCUUGAAGGUGUGAUUUUUGUUAUUGUUAUUUUUAAACUUGUAACUGCUUUUGCUGCCUUUGGAAAAGAAAAAAAAAUAGGGAAAAAAAAAAAAAAAAAAAAAAAGGCUGUGUGAACCUUUAUGGAACUACCAGCUGAGGACUCUAUAGCUCAGGGGAUAAGUAAUAGAAUAUGGAGCUUUUUACCUCCAGCUCACCAGUUUUACUCCAGUCCAGGUGGUUAGUUCCCAGAAGUACUUACUAUCUGAUGUUUGUGUGAUGGCUUAUAUGAAAUUAAACUGGUGGUAUUGGCCCAGCUCCCAGUGAUGAUAAUUAACCCCUUCUGACAGGUUUGCUGAGACAUUCUGUCUCACUGAUCACUACAGUGGUGCAAAAUAAAUGUAAAAAUAAAAGUAAGCUGAGGUGUAAGGCUGUUGAGCACCCCUUCAGUGGGUGAAAACAGCCAGAACAUUUGAGUGAAUUUAGUUCCUUAUCUGUGACCUCAGCAGACAUGGAUAUUAAAUAUAAUUGUAUGGUAUGGUUUCUUCAGCUCAGAGGUAUGGCACUUGUAUUGGGUUUUGUGCUUUGACUAAAGAGAAGACUUUGUUCUCCACUCCUGAUAAUACAGUAUCUUUCAUGAACCUGAAGUAAACUACCCGGAGAAAAGGAAAUUGGACAAAAAUCUAAGAAGACAAGAAGAUAUCCUCAACUAUCAGUUAAAUGUGUAGUUUGACCUGCCUCAACCUGAAUCAAUUUUGAGGGUUGUUAGCAUCUUGGCACCACAUGCUGCUUUAUCCUAUACUUCUUGCCUAAGAAGUUCUAUAAGGAUCUUCUUGAAUGAGACUUUUCCACCCUUUUUUUGUAAAGCAUUUCUCUGAUGAUUCUUGUGCAUAAUUUCACUGAGGCCAGUGCAAAUAUUUGAUGUCAGUGUCAGUGGUCUGUUGUUACUGUCUGCAUAAACUGGAAAUCUAAGAUUUAGAAAAUCUUAAAUAAAUCUCCAGGUCUGUGUUGCUGAGGGGUUUGCUUUUCUGUAUGAUAUGUUUCUGAAGGACAACCACUGUUAAUCUCAGGUCUCCCCUCAGAGAAUGGAGAAAUCUGAAACUCAUUUCACUCUCAGCCACCUCAUGUUUGAGUGAUUCACUGCAGUAAAAUAUCUCAAAAGUUGCCUGUUAAUGUUUGCUGGUUUUUUGUUUUUUGUUUUUUUUUAAUCAUGACUAGUUUCUUUUACAUGGUGCUGUAAUACGGUAUUGGUUUGGAAACAGAUAGGCUUGAUUGGAUAAAUGUUUAUUCAUCACAACUUGUUUUCUUCUUGAGUCACAGUCUUUGUUUAGCACAUCCCCAUUAAGAAAAAGUUUAAUUUCCUAAGGAUUUUUUUUUUAAUGUAUGCAAACAGUAAAUGUCUGCAGAUGUGUAAAACAGAUCACAAAGGGACAUCUAUUUCCUUUACCACUUGUUUUCUAUUACAUAUGGAAUUCUCUUGAAGUAUGCUUCCGUUGGUUUGUGGGAGCUGAGUUCAGAGCUUUGGAUUAUUAUGCUGAAAUAUGUGUGUAGAUAUCGUUAAUUUGGGUGAUAACCAUAAGAUGAAAUCAAAAGUUUAGUGAGUAUUUUUGUACAGAAUACAGAUACCCUUUCUGAUUUAUAAAAUAUAAAUGUGUUCUUGCCUUUCCUUUCAGGCUUAGUGCUGUGUCCCUGUCUUACCCCACUGUCUUGUUCUGCUCUUACAUACAUAUCAUAUUCUUUGGAGCAUGUAGUGAUGUCUCAUCAUGACCUAGAUAGAAGUAAUUCUUUCUCUUCCAAUCAUUUGUAUGUUGAAAUGGGUCUCUACCACGAUAAUCCCACUGAUAUUUUGGAAUCUCACCAACCUUAACUUAACUGCCAUUUACUAGCAGCAGCUGCUGUUUUUUCCCUCCUUCAGUUCUGGGUCUCAUCCCUGACUGGCUUGAUGUCAAGUUAAAGGAAAUAUUAAAUAAGCUUAUAUACACUGACAUGCUAGAGAAACUUUGAUUUCCUACUAUCAUUUUCUUAAAUUGGCUUUCCUCUGAAUCCAUUUUUAAUUGUAUGUUUAAAAAAAAGAAAGAACUAUUAUUGUCCGUACCAUUUUUGUGCUUGACAGAAUAAGUUUCAGCAUUUGCCUUUUAUUUUCUAGAGUGAUUUACACUCUAGAAUUGGAACAAACAAACAAACAAACAAAAAAUUGUCAAAUGUUUAAAAGCAACUGCAGGUAAGAACUAAGGAUGGCUGUGUAUUUUUGAAAGUAAAAAGAGACCUUUAAAUCCAUUCUUGAAGUGUCAUGAUAGCCUAUAAGCCUACUUCUUAUUUGUUUUUGAGGAGUUCGGGUGGAGAGGAUAAUCUCUCAGGAAGGUCAUUCAUGCUUCCUUUGGAAUACAGGUUAUCUCAGGCCUUUAUGUUCAUAAUACAUACCAUUGCUGUCAUUUCUUUAUUUUAGGAGUUACUUCUUUCCUCUACUUUACAGGGCCAAAUGAAUGCAUAAUAUAUUAUUCAGAUUUGGAUGCAGUGUGUGUUCGUUGUACACAUUUAAUAAGAUAAGAGAACUGUGUUCUCUAUUUUUGGAUCUUGUUGUGAGGGCAAAUGUAUUAAAAUAAUUAUGGUAAAAUAUGUAGAGGGAAAGGCAGUGUCUUUGAUAACAACAGGGUAGGAAUACCUGGGGCAUGUCAACUCUCCAGUUGUUAAUAAAAAAAAUGUAUUUAUUCAGUUUUAGAUGAUACACUGCUUAAGAACUUCACUGAAGUUAGUACCAGACAGGCGUUAACUCAACCAUGGAGUUGACUGUCUAUUGAAAUUGUGGCCUUGUAACUGCAUGAAUGGCAACAUGAGCUUAUAAAACAUGCAUAUGGUAGAAGAGAAUACCUAUUCAAAUCUUGAGACUUUGCAAAAUAAGUGUCAGUUGCAGCAUCCAUUUUAUUUAUGAAUAAAGUUUACAGUAGUGAUAUGAUAUACUGUGAAGGUCUGGUGAUAAAUAAAUAAACUUAUUUUAGUUUCUAGUUUUUUAGUUUCUCAAUUAAAGCAUAAAUUUUAAUUUUAAAUCUGUGCUGAUCUCAAAUCAGAUUGAUUAUUAAACAAACUUCUUUCCAUAUACAAGCAUUCCUGUAGUCUCAUGUGGCUUUGUGUAUGAAGAACAUGAAUGCAAUUUUAUAAUCUGAAAUGAUUCUGUGGGUGUACGGUUAUCCUUAAAAUUCUUUUCAGUCACUUGCAUCCAGAGGAGAAAUGGAUACAGACUUUAGUCUCAUACUUCUCCAUAUAUUAUAGCUCCAGAAUUUCAGUGACAGUUGAGAAUUGUCAGACUUCUUUUGAAAAGCAUGUCUGUUUAAGUGUGCUGAAUUGAUGAGUGUUGUAGUGUUUUCAGUUACAAUUCAAGAAAACACUCAUGAUAAUAGUCUCAAUAUUUUAUCUUAACUUUACUAUUUCUUUCUCCCUGGUUAAAUGGUGAUAAUUGUUUGUACUGUCUUGCAGGUUGAACUCUCCAGUUAGGAGAGAGCUACAAUUUUGACAUAAAUUAAAAAGGAUGACUUUACUUAAAUGUGUAUCUCAGAAUCUCCUUUGGAAGCCUAAGGAAAAUAAACAACAAGGGAUAUAUUUCAACUGUUUACGUGCGUUGUAACUAAGUAACAUUGGCCUUGGGACCAAUGCACAUGGGUCUUGUCUAUUCAGAGUUCUAUCAAACUGCAUAUCUGUAGUCUCUGAACAAGCUUAAAUACUUCUAUUGUCCCAGUGAAGGAUUUUCCAAGAGCAAAAUCUGUGAAGAUGUGUCUCAGUUUCAUGGGCAGAUUGAUUCCCUUCUCCCUCUUAGCAUACAACUUGCAUUCAGCUCUUCACCAAAAUUUAUGUUUGAACAGUUAGUUUGCAGGAUCCAGGGUUGAGUUGCUGGACAAGAUCCUCAGUUGUAUGUAAAAUGUACGACACAACUUGUUUGUCACUGAAAUACUAUUCUGGUAGUGUUAAAAUGCAAAACAAAAAUGUACUUCAGGUUUCAUAAAUUUAUUAAUAACUACUUUGUGAAGUAUGGAUCUGACUUACUUUUCUAACCAUAAAAAUUGUUUCAUUUGCAGUUUGGACUGAUGUGACUGUCUUGGUUCUGCUUGACAGUUAUUUCCAGUGUUAGUCUUGGUGGUACUAUUUCUUUGACAAACAUCAUAUAUAUAUAUAAUAUGGAAUGCAAUAGUGUAUUUGCUCAAUAAAAUGGAAGUUCACAGUUAAGAAUAAAAAUAUGGUACAUCCAUAUUUCUUUAAGUUAAAAAGAUUAGGAAGAGGCCCAUAUGUUGGAGUCUAUGUGUAGGUAUAUUUUAUAACUAGAAUAUGUAGUAUUUAUUUUACGGGACUUAGAAGUAAUGUAUCUUUUUUUUUUAUUAUUUAUUUACAUAAAAUUAUUUCUUUUAAGAGGAUAAGUACAGGAUCCUAACAUUUCUAUGAUGAGGACAUCAGAAUGAUUCCUUUUUUUUUUUUUUUUUUUUUUUUUUUUCCCUGAACUUCAGUUUAGGUUUGGUUCAGAAUAAAACCUUUUUUUAAAUCCAAACAUGAAGGGACUCUCUUCCAAAACAGGAGUUUUGGAACUAGAUUAUUGUUAAGGUCCCUUCAAAGAUAAGUGAUUCCUUGAUUCUAUCAUUCAAAUGAUCAAGCAAAAUUACUUAAUAUUAGAAGAGAAAAUUAAAUUCAUUUUAACAGUAUGAAAAAUUGUGUUGUAACCACAAUCAAAGCUACUCAUGUUAUUCUUAUAAGCUCAUUAAAGUAGAUAAAGAAACAAAUAUAUUCAAAUAAUAUGUGAAACAGGUUUUCAAAUAUCUGGACUUGGAUUUCUUUAGUCAGGAAAAAAAUUGCUAAUACAAUAAUAUUCACUAUUUUCGCUAUUUUCUGUGUUGUCAGAAAAUAUUUAAGAGUGGGAAAGUACUGUUUCACGUUACUAAAAUAAUCCUGUUUUAAAUUAAACUAUACAUCUCUUAGAGCUAACAAUAUGCUAGGAUUUAUAUGUAUGUAAGAAAUCUCACUUUAUUCACACCUGUCUAAACAGAAAAUAAUUUCUGAAAGAUUUUUCAUUUCUCUGAUAAAACCUAAACACUUAGUUUAUUCUUUUUACUGAGGAAGAUACUGUUGUGUUUUUAAAAACAUGACCCAAAUUAAUCUGAUGUUACAUUAGGUAAUUUAACUGUGGGUCUAAAUGAGGAGUCUUGCUACUCUAGAAUCAAUGUAGAAUUAGUGUCACCUUCAGAAGGUAAUCAGACACUACUUUCUGUAAAUCCUCAAAAGCUGUUGUUGAUUAAAUUCUUUACUUUAGCUGCCUGCUGAAAGAUCUCAAGUAAAAUAGGGUUAAUUUAGGUUUUAAAUGUGUAUGAUCUUACUUCUAAGUAGAUUUCUGCAUCUGAGCAUUCCUAGUGUAUACACUGUCCACAGAAAAUUUUAUGAAAUAUCUCACAUUUAGGGUAUCACAAAGCUUUGUGAUACAGCCACAGAAUCACAGCCGCAGAAAGGUUCGAUUCAAGAGUGACCUAUGGAGGUCACCUGAUUCAAUCCCCCUGCUCAGAGUCACCCAAAGCAGAUUGCCCAGGACCAUGUCCAAAUAGCUUUUGCAGAUCUCGAAGGAGACAUCAUAGCCUCUCUGGGCAACCUGUGCCAUUGCUCCAUCACUUUCUGAUGUUCAGAUAAUCUCUUGCCUUUUAGGUAGUGCCCAUUGCUUCUCAUCCUUUCACUGCAUGCAGCUGCAAAAAGCUUGGCUCUGUCUCCCUUAAA